CCCUGACACUUGGGAGGGAACACACUCCACCUCUUCUCCUCAGUUGUUCGCCGACAGCCUUAGAUAGCACUUCAGAGUUUUCUCUCUGCACAUCAGUUGGCUUUACUUAAAAAGCUGGUGGCGGGGGACUCCUCUGUUUCUUUUAUUCGUACUUUAUUUGAUUUUCUUCAUAUUCUCUCUCUCUCUCUCUCUCUCUCUCUCUCUCUCUCUGAUUUUACAAUGAAACUGUAUAAGUAGGAAAACGGAGAGCAGCAUUCCCCAAACUUCUGCUAGCGAAAGCCCAUAUUUUCUUUGCGGGGGGGGGGGGCCUUCAUGAUCAGAGCUAUGCUCUUUACCACCCCAAAAGGUUGGCUUUUAGAAGAACUACCUGUCUUGAUGGCACUCAAUCAACCUGCCCUGAAAGGCGGUCUGUGGUGAGGAGUCUGGAAAUGGCUACAAACCUGAAUGGCGAAGGGUCUGGAAACCCAGCCCCUGAGGGAUGAUGAAAGGAGCUGGGCGCCUUUCACUCUCAGUUCCUUACCCCAAGGGAUGGAAAAUUCCUCCGUGGCGUCUGCCUCUUCUGAGGCAGGGAGCAGCCGUUCACAGGAAAUCGAGGAGCUGGAGCGGUUCAUCGACAGCUACGUUUUGGAGUACCAGGUCCAAGGCCUGUUGACCGACAAGACGGAAGGGGACAGGGAAAGCGAGCAAACUCAGUCCAAUGUCUCACAGUGGACAGCUGAUUGUAAUGAACAGAUAGAAGGCAGUGGUUCCUCCUCCAGAGGCCAGGGAACGGCACCCCAUACUCAAAACCAGGAAGAGUGGGAUCACAGCAGCAGUGGGAGCUCAGGAUCCCGGCCUAGUUCGGGCUCCAGGCAUGGGUCUGUAUCAAGGUCUGGUGGCCAAAGGAGAAGCAGCCAGUUCAGGCAUUCAGCCAAGAAUGGCAACAAAGACAAUUCCCUUGACAUGCUGGGCACAGACAUCUGGGCAGCCAAUACUCUAGAGUCCUUCAGCGGUGCCACAUGGGACCUGCAGCCUGAAAAACUUGACUUCACUCAGUUUCACAGAAAGCUCCGAAACACCCCCAAGCAUCCACUCCCACACAUAGACAGAGAAGGGAUUGGAAAAGGAAAAUGUGAGGAUGGAGACGGAAUCAACUUGAAUGACAUAGGGAAAGUUCUCCCAGCCUGGCAGGGUUAUCAUCCAUUGCCACAUGAAGCUGAAAUUGCACACACCAAAAAAUUAUUCAGGAGGAGGAGGAACGACAGGAGGAGACAAAGGGCUCCCGGGGGAAACAAGUCACAGCAACACACGGAGCAUCAGCAAGGCACCGCCAAACACAACAGGGAACACCAGAAACCCUCCCAAGGAGGCCAAGCGCCACACUCCUCAGGGCGGCCCGGCCACCAUGGCUACAGCCAAAACCGGCGGUGGCACCACAACCAGAAACACUCGCCCAAUGACAAAGAGAUGCACAGAAAUGCCAAAGAGACUGAGAACCUGAAAAUCGAGGAUGCCUCUGUCUGCACAGUGCACAUCCCCUUAGAGAUGCACCGCAGCAGCGAAGCCACGGACAGGCAAUCCUCGCCAUAUAUUCAGGAUCCAGAAAGCAAAAGGAAGGACAGCAUCCACGAACGCAUAAGCGAGAGGCCCAAAAUUAACUUGCUUCAGUCUUCCAAAGACAGACUACGCAGGAGACUAAAAGAGAAGAUGCCUUGUCUUUCCCUUUUCACGGAUCAGGACGAAGUGGCCGUGGAGUCUACCAACCCCCAAAAGAACAAAAUGGACAAAUUAAUUGAAAUUCUCAACAGUAUGCGGAACAACAGCCGUGGGGUAGACUCCAAGCUCACCAACUUUAUGGAGGAAGCCCAGAACUCCACCAACUCCGAGGAGAUGCUUGGGGAGAUUGUCAAAACCAUUUACCAGAAGGCCGUGACGGACCGCAGCUUUGCCUCCACGGCCGCCAAGCUCUGUGACAAGAUGGCGCUCUUCAUGGUGGAAGGCACCAAGUUCCGAAGCCUUCUGCUCAACAUGCUACAGAAAGACUUCACGAGGCGGGAAGAGUUGCAGCAGCGUGACGUGGAGCGCUGGUUGGGCUUCAUCACCUUCCUCUGUGAAGUGUUUGGCACCAUGAGGAGCAGCACCGGGGAGCCCUUCCGAGUCCUCGUCUGCCCCAUUUAUACCUGCCUCAGGGAGUUGUUGCAAUCUCAGGACAUUAAAGAAGAUGCUGUCCUUUGCUGUUCAAUGGAGCUGCAAAGCACCGGCCGACUGCUGGAGGAGCAGCUGCCUGAGAUGAUGACGGAACUGCUGGCGAUCGCACGCGACAAGAUGCUGUGCCCCUCGGAGUCCAUGCUGACCCGGUCCCUCCUCCUCGAGGUCAUUGAGCUCCAUGCCAACAACUGGAACCCUCUGACGCCCACCAUCACACAGUACUACAACAAGACAAUCCAGAAACUGACAGCCUGAGCAGGAGGCGGGGACAAGGGAGAGCCACGAGGAAGACAUGCACUUUAAUUUAAAAAAAGAAAAGAAAAGGAUUGGGAAAGGAACUAAGCUACAGCAACCAGAGAAGGACUGAGAGACCUUUUGUGAUCCGAUACCUAAGAAGACAAACCCCAGCAUGCUUAAGAAUAUGUUCAUGGGGGCGAAGCAUGUUUCUUUUCAGCUGUGUCCUCAAGUGCCGUCACCACCCCUCUCUCCCCGCUGCGUUUUGUUUGAGGUUCCCUUUUAUUAAACCCAUUGCUCAUUCA